AGGAAAGUGGCACCCAAAGUUUGGGAAAUGCUGAAAUUUCCCCCAGAUUUCAGUUUGCAGUGCUCCUUUGAGACUGUUUACUCCAGUCCCUACUGAUGGCGUCAUGCCCUGCAGCCCUCCCCGCCCCACGCUGAUCUCUCUUCUCGUUAACCCACCCUUCUGUACGGCCCACUGGCUGCUCCCCCGGCCAGGCUGCUUGCGUCCCCCAGCGCUUCCCGUCCCUCGCAUCCGGCCAUUGUACCCUACCGGGAAGGACUGGAUCCAGGGAGGAAGUGGGAGACCAUGGCAGGCGGCUGGGCCAUGGCUCUGGGGCUGGGGCUCUGGGCCACUGCGCUGCGCCUGGUGAGAAGCCACCCCUCCGGAGGGAACAUGGCACCGCACACCACCCAGCGCCCAGCUGAGCUGCGGGACAAUUUCCGCCUGCAACCCGGGGACCUGGUGGUCACGGCAGGGCAGGCGCUCGAGCUGGACUGUGUGCCCCCCGCCGGGCACCCCGAGCCCCACGUAACCUGGAGGAAGGACGGCGUCACCCUGCGCCUGGCCGGGGGCCGUCACCAGCUCACCCGUGGGAAGCUGCGGGUGGCCUCGGCACGCAGGAGUGACGCGGGGGUCUAUGUCUGUGUGGCAGCCAAUGCAGCGGGCGAGCGGCACAGCCGGGGUGCCCAUGUCACCAUCCUGGAGAAACCGGUCAUCGUGCGGCGGCCAAGUGAUGUCACAGCAGUGGCCGGUAGCACAGUGGAGCUGAGCUGUGGUGCACAGGGAGACCCAGCACCACGGGUUCAGUGGCACAAGGAGAGUGGGGACCUGCCCUGGGGGAGGCAUGAGGUGGACCAGGAGCAUACGCUGCGACUCUACGCUGUGACGGCCGCCGAUGGUGGUGCCUACGUCUGCACGGCCCAGAGCCAGCUGGGCAGCGCUGCCGCCACCGCCCGCCUCCAUGUGGAGGAGCAGCUGCUGGCAGGCCGGUGGGAGGCCACACAGCAGAACCUGCUGGCUGUGCGACUGCAGCUGGACAAUGGCACUGCACUGCCCACCAACGCCACUGUCUGGCUCCGCUGGCGGAUGGUGACACCAGGGCCAGCACCAGAGGGCUAUGUGGUGCUGUAUCGCUGCCUGCUCCCUGCCAGCACUGCCUGGUCCCAGCAGGAUGUAGGCAGGGAGCUCAGCACCAUCAUCCCUGCACUCCAGCGCGGCUACCAAUACGAGUUCAAGGUUCGCCCCUAUGCCGGCGGGACCCAGGGCUUGGACAGCAACAGCUGGCACCUCUGGAUCCCCGAGGAAGCAGUGCCAAGUGCGGCACCCCAGCAUGUCACCGUGGGCCAGGCUGCACCAGGGAAUGGUACCGUCAUCGUGAGCUGGGAGCCACCUCCUCCUGAUGCCCACAAUGGCAUCAUUCGAGGCUACCAGGUCUGGUCCCUGGGAGAGGGCUGGCUACAACCCACCAACCGGACAGUAGACGGAGGAACACAUCGCUUGGAGACCCUCCUGCAUGGCCCUGGGGCCAGAUACUGCAUCCAAGUAGCCGCAUUCAACGGCGCAGGGCUGGGGAUCCCCAGCAAUGCCACCUGUGGCGUCCUGGAGAUGGUGGCGGCGAGCACUGGGGUGGUGCAGGUGCUGCAGCAGCCUGUGGUCAUUGCAGCCACUGGCUCGGUGCUGUGGCUGGCCCUGCUUGCCCUCCUCCUCCUCAUCUGUCAGCGCCGCGCCAGCCAGGACACCAUGGCACAACACGGGCGGGAGGACGGUGAUGUGCCAUGGCUCAGCAGCCCCUGGAAACCUGUCUGUGUUCCUCAGAACCUCAGCAGCAGCAGCAGCCUCAGCAGCAGGCUCCUGGGAAGCGACAGCAGGGAUCCCCAGCCCUCUCCCCUCACCUCGGAGCUGCCGAGCCUCAGCCCUGCGAUGACCCCCAGCUGCAGCCAUCUCUGCAGGGAACACCCCAAAACUCACACCUCCAGCCUGGCACUGUGGGAGCGCAUCUGCAAGCGAGAGCUGGAUCGUGCGCACAGCUCCCCGGUGCCAGUGGCUGGGCUCAGGGCCAUGCCCGUGCCCCUUUGUGGUGGGGAGUGGGGGACACAUUUCGACUCGGUGGACAGACGGCCUCAGCAGAAAGGACAGGAUGGUGACACUGCAGUAGCAGAAGAUGACCUGUGGUGGCUGCCCACCAUCAGCUCCCCGAAACCACGGCGCAGUUCGCUGGCAUCCAUUGGUGCUGGAAUGCUGGUGGUACCCACAGGACAUCCGCACGCCUGGCACCGGUUCCCAGUCAUGGGGUGCUCAAGGGACACAUCUCCAGUCACCAGGAACCCCAGUGACACAUCCACGGUCACCGGGAACCCUGGGGACAUGUCCCCAGUCACCAGGAGCCCCAGGGACACAUCUCUGGUCACCAGGAAUGACAGGAACAUGUCUCUGGUCACUAGUAGCCCCAAGAACAUGUCCCCAGUUACUAGGAACCCCAAGGACACUCCUUUGGUCACCAGGAACCACAGGGACAUGUCCUCAGUCACCAGGAGCCCCAUAGAUAUGUCCCCAGUCAUGGAGAACCACAGGGACAUGUUACUGGCCACAAGACCUAGCAGAGAUGCGUCCCCGGUCACCAGGAGCCCCAGGGAUGUGUCCCCAGCCUCCAGUCACUCUCUGGCCACCACAGUUCAGGAGAACAUGUCCCCGGUCACUCAGCUCCACAGGGACAUGUUCCCGGCCACCAGGUGCCCCAGAGAUGUGUUCCCAGCAGCCAGGCACCCUGACGACAUGUCCGUGGCCCCCAAGAAUCCCAGGGACACCUCUGUGCUCACCAGGCAGCCCAGGGACAUGCUGAUGGCCACCAAGGAUGUGUCCCCAGAGCCUGGCCGCCUCUCACCAGCUCUCAGUGAUGGGGUCCUCACGCCGCAGCAAGUGGCCGAGGACCUGGAGCGGGUACAGGAGGCCCUCCGCCCCAUGAACGCCCCCAGGCCAGAGGUGACCCCAGCAUGUCCCCAGCGUGUCCCCGUGCCCCGGCCCCUGUCCCCUCCCCACACCUAUGGGUACAUCUUUGGGCCUCCUGCCUCAGAGAUGGGUGAGGGGGAGGAGGAAGAGGAGGAGGAAGAAGAGGAAGAAGAGAGCCCUGAGUUGUGGGGUCAUGGGGGCUCGCCAGGGGGAUCCCUGCUGAACGGGUGGGGGUCUGUCUCGGAGGACAAUGUCCCCAGCACCCGCUGCAGCCUGGCCAGCUCCUCCGAUGGCUCCUUCCUGCUCGAUGCCAGCUUUGCCCGUGCACUGGCUGUGGCUGUUGACAGCCUCUGCUUCAGCCUUGAGGACACUGAUGGGGGCUGUGAGGGAGCUGCUGCCCCCCUGCACUGCCUGGCAUCAUCCCCUCUGUGCGGGGAGGUGGCCCUGGGGACAGGAACAGGGAUGGGGAUGGGGAUGGGCAGCCCCUGGGCCAGGGUGGGCAGCCAGUGGGGUGGGCUCCUUGCCAGAGACAGGAGGGACAGGAGUGUGGCAGCCCCCGGGUUAUAGCGGUGUUGAGGUCAGAGCCCUCCCAGUUCAGCUACAAUCCAGCUUUAUUCAUCAUUUCCCCCAGAAGGGGCUCUCCACUAGCAAACGCUACGUGCACAGCUGGGGAGCACUGAGGUGGGCGGGUAGCCCUGCUGCUCAUGUUCCCCUCCAGCUGGCCUCGUCCCCAGGGUCCUUGUCUCUCCGCCCCCAGUGACUGUCCCAAACAUCCUCAUCCCUCCCAGCGUCCUCACCCCUCAUCUAUCCCAUCCUCAUCCCCACCCAGAGCAUCCUUAUCCCUCAAGCUGACCCCCACUCUCUGGCUCUGCGCACACUUAUUUACAGACAGAAAUGAACGAGCACCCCACGCAUA